AUGGAAAAGAAAGUCCUAUUUAUUCGACAUGCAGAGUCAGAGUAUAAUUUAGCUUAAAGAAUUGCAAAGAAUUCAGUGGCUGAAGUUAAAUUAGAAGAAGAAGAUCAGGAUGUGAAAUACUCAUCGAAAUAUUGUGAUGCCCCAUUAACUAAAUUUGGAAGAGAAUAAGUACAUACCAACAUAGCUUAUUAAACUUACUUAGUGUGAACCAUCUAAAUUUGAAGACCUUCGAAUUGAGACAGUAGUUGUAAGCCCAUUAAAAAGAGCAGUUGAAACGGCUGUCUUACUCUUUUAAAACCAUCCCAAUAAACCUAAAUUUGUUGUGGAACCGUAUUUGCGUGAGAUGUUUUUAUCUGGGUGUGAUUUUGGGAUCAGACUACAAGAAACCAUGAAUGAAUAUCCAUUCAUUAAUUAUGAUAGAUUGUUAUCGAACCCCAUAAUAAAAGAACAUCCGAACAUGUGGUCACUUGAAUUUAUUUACAAUCAAAAGAGUGCGGAUGUUUUGAAACAGUACAUUCAAGAGACUUAAUAUGGAAGUUAGGUUUGUAUUGAGAAGGUUUUGGAGUAUAUGAAAAAGAAUCCAAUAUAAGUUGAGACUUUUGAAGAAAAUACCAAAAGGGUGGAGGAAUGUAAGAAGUACCUCCAAUUUGAUGAACCUUUCGUAUGUGUUUCUCAUUCAAGAACUAUACAAACUUUGACUGGCUAAUUCAUUCAUAAUUGUACUGGAAUUGAAGUCAGUUUAUGA